GGGACGCUCGGUUUGUCGUGGCUUCGUUUUGGCCGCGGUGCCGUACUACCGUUAAAGGCUCUAUUUCCGUGGGACUUUAGAGUCUCAGGCCACUUGAGGCUAUUUGAGGCGCGAUGGCUCCGGGCGAGAGAGGAUCAGCCGGUGGCAAUGGAGGGGCCGCCGCCGCCUCAGGCUGCCCCUAGGGAAGGAGCCUGAGGGGGCCCUCUCAGUCUUGGGAGCCUGCGCUUUCUUCCUUUGCGGGCCCUGCCUACCGCGACCAUGAGUUCGGCCUGGGUCACUUGUUUCGAGAAGGAGCAUCUCUGGAUGUAUCUGCAGGCGCUCGGCUUCGAGCCGGGCCCGGCGACCGUAGCCUGUGGAAAGAUCGUGUCACACACGCACCUCGGAGUGAACAUGUUUGACAAGUUGAACCGUGAUGCUUUUCAAAUAGUUUCUUAUUUUUUAUUUCAAACACUUGACCAGUCUCUCACCAAAGAAGUUUUCAAACUUUGUUGGCCUCCAUAUGACCAAAAAAGUGAUACUGAAUUCCGAAAACAUUGCUGUGAAUGGUUAAAAAAGAUUUCUGCUGAACGUGGAAGUAGCUUUCCUCAAGUUGUUGGUUCACUAUUUCUUUCUCCUGGUGGUCCGAAGUUUAUUCAUCUGAUGUAUCACUUUGCAAGAUUUGUUGCAAUAAAAUAUAUAAAAACCCAUUCUAAAAAUUCUUCUGUACAUUUUACAGAGACAUUUAAUGUAAAGCCACAAGAUUUGCACAUGUGCAUUGCCAGGUGCCAUGUAGCCCGUAACAGAUUUUUACAAAUUUUGCAAAGAGAAGAUUGUGUUACCCGAAAAUAUCAGGAAAAUGCGCAAUUGUCAGUUAAACAAGUACGAAAUUUGAGAUCAGAAUGUAUAGGACAGCAGAACCAAAUAAAAAAAAUGGAACCCUGUGAUCACCAAAGUAAUAUACAAGAGAAAAUUCAAAAGGUUCGGUCUUUGUGGGCUUCAGUGAAUGAAACACUCAUGUUUUUGGAAAAAGAGAGAGAAGUUGUUAGUUCAGUCCUUAGUCUUGUUAAGGAAUAUACUUUAGAUGGAACUAACGUUGCUAUCAAUAUUCCAAGGCUCUUACUUGACAAAAUUGAGAAACAAAUGUGUCAGUUGCACAUAGGAAAUGUUUAUGAGGCUGGAAAAUUGAACUUCUUAACAGUUAUUCAGCUAUUAAAUGAAGUCUUGAAAGUAAUGAAAUAUGAACAUCGUCAGGCUGACCAAGCAAGACUGACAGUAGACCUUCACUUCCUUGAAAAAGAGACGAAAUCUCAGAGAGAAAGAUUGUCAGAUCUGAAGCAUAUGAGGUAUAAAAUAAAAGAAGAUCUCACAACUGUAAAACAUUCUAUUGUUGAAAAACAAGAAGAAUGGCAUAAAAAGUGGAAAGAGCUUCUCGGCCUGUCUCCUUUCAGUCUGAUUAAAAGUUGGACUCCAGCUGUGGAUCUUUUACCACCUAUGUCUCCCCUUUCAUUUGAUCCUGCCUCAGAAGAAGCAUAUGCGAAGAGUAUUCUUUUGCAGUACCCUGCUUCACUUCUAGAUACACCUAAGCAACAUAUCCAGGAAAAUGAUUGCAGAAGGACAAAUGAUACACUAGAAACUAAAUGUGAUCUAGCCAACAGCCCUGCUUCUUUGCUGUUGCAGCCCGUUUUACCAUCAGAUAGAAACAGUGUUACACUACCUGAAAAGGAUACAAAGUUGACUCCUAGAGAGAAAAAUGAAACAAUUUCUAAGAAAACAGCAGAAUUUGAAGUAGAAGUCUCUUCAUUAUCACAUACUGCAAAGAAUACAGACAGUAGUGCAUUUGGAGAGUCUCUACCAGCUAAAAAAAGGGAUCCAUUCCAAAAAGAGCAAGAUUACCUGGCAGAAGAGGUUGCAAGGGCAGUUUUAUCUGAUUCACCACAGCCCUCUAAAGGAAAAGAAGUAAAAUUAGAGGAACUAAUUGACUCUCUAGUUUCUAACCCGUUCUUAACAAGGAACCAAAUUCCCCGAACUCCAGAAAACUUGAUAAGUGAAAUUAGGAGCUCGUGGAGAAAAGCUGUUGGAACAGAAGAUAACAGAAGUACAGAACCAAUUCAAAUGGAUACUGAAUGUAGAGAAGUAUUGCCAGAAUCCUUACCUGUGGUGCAUAAUCAAAAAGAGUUUAACAUGACCAGUUUUCUCUCAGCAACCACUGUGUCCAAUUCUAGCCAGUCUCAUUUGCCUGAAGAGAAAGUUGUUUCAGGUUGCCUCAAGUGUGUUCCUCAGAAACCUGUGGUGACCAGUUGCAUAGGUGAACCAACAAUUCAAAAUCUGUCACAUUUGUUAAAUAAGGACGUGAUUUGUAGGCAAGAUUUUGAAUGUACAGCUUUACAGAACAAGCUUUUAAAAACUAGCCAAAUAGAGACAUUCUCCCCUGCUGUAGGCAAUAGGAGAGAUGUGAUAGGUAGCAGUGAAGAAGAGUAUGUUAAGAUAUCAGACCACUCAAAAGCUUCUUACAAAGAUCUUUCCAUGCAUAAAAGUAUGUUAUGGAACUCUUUUCAGAUAUCAAGUGGAAUUAGUUCCAGUUUUAAAGAUAGUGAUCUUGGCAUAUUACAUGAAACUCUUCCAAUAGAAGUUGGUCACUUAAGUCUUAACAGCUCCAGUAGUACAGAGGCCGAUUUUAAACUGGAACCAAAUAGUCCUAUGCACAGUGGCAUUUUCCCAGAAGAUGUUGUGGGAGGAAGACAGACUACUCCAGAAUCAGACUUUAAUUUACAGGCUUCUUGCAGUGAAUAUGAGGCUCUGAAGAAAUCUCUGUCCAAGCAAAGGGAAGAAGUUUACCUCUCUAAUCCUGAAACACUUGAAAGACACAAACCAGAAUUGAGCCUUACUCCCCAAAACAUGCAAAGCGAUGAUAUAUUUAACUUUUUGGGCACUCAUGAUUUGCACAUUGACUAUACAAAACCAUCUUCACGCAUGUCCCUUGACGAAAGAAAACGGUCUCUUUCACCACUAAUUAAGUUUUCUCCAGUGGAACAAAGAUUGAGGACCACAAUACCAUGUAGUCUUGGAGAACUCCUACCUGAUUUAACAGAAGAAGAAAUCUUGAAUAAGAGCCUUGAUGCAAAAGAAUCUCCAUCUGACUUGAAAAGAUGAAGCAGUAGCCCAGUCAGUUUAACUGUGAUGCAAUUAAGUUGAAGCAGUGUCACUGGAUAAAAACUGAUUUGUAAUUUAAAUACACAUUGGAAGUGUAACUGUUUUUCAAAGUCUAAAAAAGUCCUAAAUAAUGCCUUUUAGCCUUCUUUACUGUUUUUAGGCAAGGAGAGUUUGUUUGGAUUUUCUUUCUUUGUAUGGAGAUGGAGUUGAAAUGUGAAGUAUUUGGAAAGCAAACAUCAAGUUAUGUGAAGCCAUUUUGGUUUCUUGAGUAAUUUUGUAAGUGUUAAGUAAAUGGCAAAGUAGUAGGUUAACUAAUUUACUAUGUUCUAAUUUCAGUGAAUUACCAUAAGGAUGAGUAGUUUUUGAUGUACUUUUAUUAAGUGGUUAAUUUAAUAGCCAUUGGACAUACUGAUCUUUCUUUUUAGGGAAAUAAACAACUUUUAUUAUUUCUUUUUAGAACAUUCUGGUACUAAAAAAAAGUGAGGAAAGUAAUGCUUUGUGAUCUAUAAUCAAAAUGACAAAGUUUAAGUUUGGGAAAGCUCCAAAGAGGCUUAAUGAUUAUUCAUUAGGUUGAUCCUGAAAAAUGAUGUUGAUGGAAUAAAGUGCAUGUGAUGAUAGUAAAGACUGGGGCAGAAUGAAUUUAGAAAAAAGGAAAAAGGUGGAAGAUGACUAGAUACUUUUGAGGGACACUAAUUAUAAAUCCAUUCAGUGGGUUGUAUAGCAGUUUUAUAUUUAGUCUAAUUUAGACUUUGAGAAUUUAAUGCUAGUUUUUUAUUUUAACAGAAAAAAUGUAAAUUAAAAAUUAUCUGUUUAAUUAAAAAAUUAGUGCUGCCCCCUUUUUUGGAGGGGCACUGUUUUGGGGGAAGGGAGCUAAUUUUGAUUGUUAUUUUCCUGCUCAAAAACCGUCAGUUCCCCACUGCUUACAGAACAGAUUCAAAUUAACUUGAGAAAAUUGAAUUUGGGGUUAAGUAACUUGUUCAGUGUUACACAGCCAGUAGUGAAGCUAGGAUUUGACCCUAUUUUCCUUCUUUAAUACCUCCCAGAAGUAACUAAAAGGCCUGGAUGUAGGAUAUGGCUUGCAGGAGUGGGCCUUCUGGACUGUAAAUGGGAGUCAAAUGUGAGGCAUCUUAUACAGUGUCCUGCCUCAUUUAGUUAGGCCCCCUGGUCAAGAAAAGGGCUUGUCUUUAGCCUCCAAGUGAAUACAUGCCAUUGCUCUCUGUGAACCAGGAGGUUAAGCACACACUGGAAGGGUGAUAGCACCUACAGCACCCCUGUGUCUAGCCCCAGCUCUUAACCAUCACAACCUUAUCCAUUUGCCAAGAAACUGGCAAGAAGAGAGGUUGAAGGGGAGAGUUCUGGAAGUGGAUGAGCGUAAUAGUUCAUCUUUCUUCACUCAUUUUGGCUUACUUUCUCUGUAUUGCUUGUUGGAUCCAAGU